GUGAUGGGGGAAGUGCUGCUGUACUGGAAGUUAGUUACCUUCUGCCAGUAAAACUGUUGAACCCUAGACAAAAGAAAGAAAGAAAGCUCUAUUUUAGAGCAUUGUAGCUGUAGGACGAAAGUUAGCUUCACUUUGGUGUGAUUUAGGGAGUCGUUUCGUCCCAUCAUGGAGUUCGGGGAAGAGCCGUCGCCCGCUCUGGCUUUCGAGAAGGACGCGUUUGAGCUGACUGUGGAGGAUGUGUAUGACAUUUCGUAUGUAAUCGGACGAGAUUUGUUGAAAAUCAGCAGCACCGGCGAGGAAGUGUCGGACUUACAGUUCAGAAUAGUCCGCGUGUUAGAAAUGUUCGAGACUUUGGUGAACAAGUACAACUUGUCUCUGGAGGAGCUGAAAAUGGAGCGGGACAACUUGAAGAGUGAGCUGGACAGGAUCCUCAAAGAGAACUCCUCCGAGCAGGGCACGCAAACAGUGGGACCAAACCAGCUGGUGGUGGACCUCACAGACCCCAACAGACCGCGCUUCACCAUGCAGGAGCUGAAGGAGGUCCUGCAGGAGAGGAACCAGCUUAAAGCUCAGCUCAUGGUGGCUCAGGAGGAGCUGCAGCUGUACAAGAGUGGCAUUCUGCCGCAGGGUGAACCUGCCAUGGUGGAGGUGGACUUGGACACACAAGCAGCCACAGAAGACAGUCCAGCCAUGAUAAAUGACGCAAAAGACGAGAGGACAACCAUAGGCAAACUGUUUUCAUUCAGGCGAAAAUAAGAAAACCCUUUCACAAGAACUGACCAUGUAGAAGACAAACGGGAUUUGUCGGCACAAUUUUCUCAUCAGUUUACCACUUUUAUAUUGAUUAUUUUUUACAAUGUCUAUUUGUCGAUCUAACACGCACUGUAUCAUAGUAAGAGAGAUAUAAAGUCGUUUCCUUAGUAGAAAUACAUAUCACGUGGAAAGCUUGGUAUAAAUAUGAAAUGAAACUGGAAAGUAUUAUCUAUGUUGCUGAUUAUGUUGAUGCAUUCGAAAUGAAGUUUUUUAAAAUAG